AUGCCAGCUGAACCUACUAAAUUUGUUUCCACUGCUACUACUGAUCCUGAUCUAUUCAAUUAUUCAACGUAUUCCGAAGAAGUGAUACUCACAAAAGGUAAUCUCGGUGUCGGUUUGGCACUUGAUGGUGGUCGUGGAUCAGUGUUCGGCGACCGCCCAAUCGUUAUCAAAAGGAUUUUUGAAGGCGGUUCUGCGGCACGUAGCGGUCGUAUAAAAAUUGGUGACCAAGUGAUCACAAUUGAUGGUAUAGAUAUAAGAGAUAUGAUGAUAUGCAAGUUUUGCGCAAUUAAAUUUUUCUGA